AUGUACGUGAGCUACCUCCUGGACAAGGACGUGAGCAUGUACCCCAGCUCCGUGCGCCACUCUGGCAGCCUCAACCUGGCGCCGCAGAACUUCGUCAGCCCCCCGCAGUACCCGGACUACGGCGGUUACCACGUGGCGGCCGCAGCAGCCGCGGCCGCGAACUUGGACAGCGCGCAGUCCCCGGGGCCGUCCUGGCCGCCCGCGUACGGCGCCCCGCUCCGGGAGGACUGGAACGGCUACGCGCCUGGGGGAGCAGCGGCCGCAGCCAACGCGGUGGCCCAUGGCCUCAACGGGGGCUCCCCGGCAGCCGCCAUGGGCUACAGCAGCCCCGCCGAUUACCACCCACACCACCACCCGCACCACCACCCACACCACCCGGCCGCCGCGCCUUCCUGCGCUUCGGGGUUGCUGCAGACGCUCAACCCUGGCCCUCCCGGGCCCGCCGCCACGGCCGCCGCCGAACAGCUGUCCCCCAGCGGCCAGAGGCGGAAUCUGUGCGAGUGGAUGCGGAAGCCCGCACAGCCAUCCCUUGGAAGCCAAGUGAAAACCAGAACGAAAGACAAAUACCGAGUCGUGUACACUGACCACCAGCGGCUGGAGCUGGAGAAGGAGUUUCACUAUAGUCGUUACAUCACCAUCCGGAGGAAGGCUGAGCUGGCUGCCACGCUGGGGCUCUCAGAGAGGCAGGUUAAAAUUUGGUUUCAGAACCGAAGAGCAAAGGAAAGGAAAAUCAACAAGAAGAAAUUGCAGCAACAGCAGCAACAGCAACAGCCCCCACCGCCUCCACCACAGCCUCCCCAGCAGCAGCCAGGACCUCUGAGAAGUGUCCCCGAGCCCUUGAGUCCUGUGUCUUCCCUGCAAGGCUCAGUGCCUGGCUCUGUCCCUGGGGUUCUGGGGCCGACCGGGGGCGUGUUAAACCCCACUGUCACCCAGUGACCCGCAGUGGUGUGCAGCAGUGGCAGAGCAAUUCCAGGCCAGGCCAUGAGGAGUGGAGCAUGGAUUCUGCUAGGAUCUUCAGAAGAGACCCCUCCCUCCUGCCCACAAGUACCUAGCUCUCCGUGGAAAAUGGGGGCCAGGA